CUCAGUUUCGUGAUGCUCGCCGCGUGAGCCGCGGAACGGAGCUUUUCUCACUCGCGCUUUGUUAUUUAUUUAUUUAUUUAUCUAUCCAUUAUAUUGUUUAAUUGUUUUAACUACCCCCCUCCCCCUCUGCACGCGUGCUCGUGUAUAUUUUUUAUUCGUUUCGUGCUCUGGUGCACGUCGUGGGGGUGUGUGCAAUUACGAUUUUUGAUAAUCGAAUUGAUGUACAGUUUAGGGCGCGAAACGCGACAAAUCGAGAUGUCCCAUGGUGAUGUCCCAUCGUUUCGAAUCGGUGCGCGAGUGCAGUACACGCGUGUAGCACGGGAAAUGAGUCUUCUCACCUUCGCCUGUACUGUUUGACGGUGUUCGAUAAGGUCUGGACUGCGCGCAAUCACCGAUUGCUGAUACACAACUACAGUAGGGGUCUUUUGCCCCUCCCCCCCAUGCCCUCGCAAUGCUGAUUUGGUUUUCCACUUAGCUGGAGACAUCAGAGCACAGAAGCAGAACACGAGCCCGAACGAGUUAAGGAGGCCAGGAGGAGGAGGAGGAGGAGAAAAAAACCAAGAAAACUCCGGUCGGCUCGAGUCCAAGAGAGAGUGUGUGCGUGACGACGAGCAUCGAGCGCUUUGUCAUCAUGAUUUUUAGCGUGCGUUAACUUUUGCGCGAACGGAAAAACUGUUUUACCACCGAGUGGCUGUUGUCGUUGCACGAAAGAAAAACUAAGAAUAGGUGUGGUACGUACAAUACCUAUAAGCGUGCGUUGAACUGUGCCGCGGACAGUGCGUCAAUGGGCCCGUGAGGAGGAUAUUACGGGCACGGCUCGCGAGUGACUUUUAUCGUUGUUAUUGUACUGUUUUCCGUUUUCAUCAACAAAUCGUAAAGCUUUUUUUUUUUACGUCAGCCGCGAAGGAGGAGGAGAGGAGACAAGAUGUCUAGCAACGCGACGUCGGAGGAGGACUUGUCCAUUAGCGACUCACCGAAAUACGAGAUCGACAAUCUUGAGAUGAUCAAGACCAUUGGAACUGGAACUUUCGGGCGUGUGGUGCUGUGCCGGCACGAAGGCAAGCCCCUGGCGCUGAAAAUCCUCUCGAUGGCCGACGUCAUCAGGCUCAAGCAGGUCGACCACGUGCGCAACGAGAUAACCGUCCUCAAGGAAGUCAAUCAUCCCUUCAUCGUCAACAUGCUCUGGAGCGGCUGCGACAAGGCGAGAAUAUACAUGCUUCUGGAAUUCGUCGCGGGUGGCGAGCUUUUUUCGUACCUCCGAGCUGCGGGCCGUUUCUCGAGCAGGACGAGCUGUUUUUACACGGCAGAGAUAGUUUGCGCCCUCGAGUACCUCCACAGCAAGCACAUCGUCUACAGGGACUUGAAGCCCGAAAAUUUGCUGCUGGACGAACAGGGUCACCUUAAAAUCACGGAUUUCGGGUUCUCGAAAAAACUCAUCGACAGCAGGACCUGGACACUGUGUGGUACACCGGAAUACCUUGCCCCGGAGAUAAUCCAGAGUAAGGGCCACAACAAGGCCGUGGAUUGGUGGGCCCUCGGAAUUCUCAUUUACGAGAUGCUGUCGGGCUUUCCUCCGUUCUUCGACGACAAUCCGUUCGGAAUUUACGAAAAAAUCAUCAGUGGCCGAAUAGAGUGGCCCAAGCACAUGGAUCCCAUUGCCAAGGACUUGGUUAAAAAAUUGUUGAUCACCGACAGGACGAAGAGACUUGGCAAUAUGCGACAGGGCGCUGAGGAUGUCAAGAGGCACAGGUGGUUCAAGCUCGUCGAUUGGAUUCAGGUACCGCACAGAGCUUUGGUUCCACCUAUAUGUCCAAAGCUGAAAACAUCCGAUGAUGCAAGCUGCUUUGACGACUAUCCGGAAAUCGAUUGGAGAUCCCAGCCUCCUUUGUCAUCCGAUCAGCUGGAACUGUUUCAGGAGUUUCAAUGAUAUUCAAUAUGGGUUAAAAAAAAAAAAAAUUGAAUGGCUAACAAAUGUAUACCCUGCAAAGUACAAAACAAUAUUGGAAAAUCGCGUCCAAGUGACGGCGUAUCGACGUAUUCUUAUAAGUACCUACAUGAAAUAGGCUUAUGUGAAUUUUAUUUUUGUACUUAUUUCAGUGAUUUUGACUUACGAUGAAGGGCCACUAGUCAUCCAGAAAAAAAUUUAUUUGGAUAAAAUAAUUUUUUUUUUUUACCAUACACAGUUGGGCUUUUUAAGAAUUACACAUGUUUUUCACAAAAGCUUAUAUUUUUUUUUUUUAUGACAGAUGUUUAAAUUUUUCAAUGUUAUAUGCUGUUAUAGUUUGACGUAAGAUUGUACAUAUGUCUAUCAUUUGCUAUAUUUUACGCUUUGUUAAAUAAUAAAAUUAAGUGAUUGCACACUUUUUAAAGUAGUGUACAUGUGUAAGUGUUUUAAUGUAAAAAUUUGUACACAGAAGUGAUAAUAAAUUUAAGUGAACGAUUAA